CUAACAUAUCCAGUGGUUCUCACAACAAAAACAAUAAAAAACCAUGAAUGUCUUCAUAAGAAAAUGAUAUUAUCAUGAGCUGCUGAUGUUGGCACGUGUGUAUGUGUGUGUUUCUGUAGGAGUAUGCAGGUGACGGCUUACGGACACUCGCAGUGGCCUAUCGGGAUCUGUCCGAGGAGCAGUGGGAGGAGUGGUCAGAGCGUUUCCGUGGCGCUGAUAAGGCCACAGACUGCAGAGACGACCGGCUGGCUGCAGCCUAUGAGGAGAUCGAACAGGACAUGAUGUUGUUGGGGGCCACGGCUAUAGAAGAUAAACUGCAAGAGGGGGUUCCUGAGACCAUUGCUAUUCUCUCACUGGCUAACAUCAAGAUCUGGGUGCUCACUGGAGACAAACAGGAGACUGCAGUGAAUAUUGGAUAUUCGUGUAAAAUGCUGACAGAUGACAUGACGGAGAUCUUCAUUGUUAAUGGACACACCGUCCAAAGCGUACGUGAAGAACUGAGGAAAGCAAGAGAGCGAAUGCUGGAGUCCACACGCACCAGAGAUGGAGGGAAGGAAGCUGAAGCUCAGGGAUGGGGUGGUGCUUGUGCCUUUGGAAAUGGAUGUGGAGGUGGUGGUGCUGCUAACUGGAUGCCUGAUGAGAGUAAAUGUCCCCCUUCUCAGGCUCUGCCCCCCUCUUUAUUGGAGUCGAUCAGUGGAGAGUUCGCCCUCAUCAUCAGCGGACAGAGCUUG